CUUUGUCUGAACUUGUAAUAAGAAGGUGCUUGGAGUUUAGGGACUGUCAAUGAAAAUUAUCCUAGAGUCUCACAUUGGAGGAAUACUAAUAUCCAAGCAUUUAAUUUCAAUUCAAAUAUGAACACCACGUGUCAUAUAUCUCCAACAUGGCUAAUUAGGUUUAGAAUUUCUCCUCACAGAAAAGGAUUUUGCAGCAAUUGAGCCGCUCAUUCCUUAUAACUUGCGGCACAAGAUAAAAUAAUUAUCAAUCGAACAAAGGUAGCGUCGUUUUUUUGUUUUUUUUUCUCAAAAUCGAAAGUUGAAUGGAGAUGAAAGGAAGGAGAGAAGAUUGUGAUGUUCCUGAUACAGUUUGGUUGGAGAUUCUGUCAAAACUUCCACAAAAAUCAAAGUUCAAAUUCAGAUGUGUAUCCAAAACAUGGAAUCUUCUUAUUUCUGAUACAUAUUACAUGGCAACAAAAACACUUUCACCUUGGAAUCUUCUUGUUUCUGAAAUUUAUUUUAAAGAUACUCGUCGUCCAGUAGUUCCUUAUACAGGCAUCCGCUUCGCACUCCCACAGCAUUCCGAAUUCACCUCUAUAGACUUUUCACUCAAAUUUCUUCCUCCUCAGGAAAACGGAGAAAUUCGAGUUCUCGCAUCGAGCAAUGGACUCUUAUUAUGCGGCAACUUGUCGGGAUAUACUUACUAUGUCUGCAAUCCUUUAACUGCGCAGUAUGUUUCUCUUCCUGACUCUGCUUCUAAAUGUGAAUUAGCAGGUGUAGGUUUUCUCAGCACGGAUAGAGAUUACAAGGUAGUGCAGAUACGCAGAUGCUAUCCUGUCCAUGAUACGGUACGUCUUCGAAUCUUUUCUUCUGACGUUGGUGAAUGGAAGAGUAUAGAGCUGUCAUGCCCUCUCCUUCCUAGGAUUGAUUCCGAAUCAGAGCAAGCUGCUGUAUUUUUUAAUGACACUAUGCACUUUUUUGCAAGCCCCGAUAUUGUUGUAGCUUGUGAUCUACACAAAGAGCAAUGUCGUUUGAUUCACUUGCCUAAAACUGGUAGUUUUCGUCUCAUUAGCGACAAACUGCUUCGAGUAUGCAAUGGUCAGUUGCAAUAUCUUCAGAGCGUAACACGGUUUGUGUUGAAGCAGAGGCAUCAACUCCCUGAUUGGGAUUUAAUUGUGCGGAAACUCGAUGAUUACGAUGCUGGAGAGUGGUCUAUACAAGUUAAGAUUCCAAUGGGUCAGUGUGGACCGACUCGUUUCAGGGUAUUGGCUUUCCAUCCUUUUGAUGUGAAUGUAAUUUAUGGGCAACGUCAAAAAAGCAUUUUUUGCUUUAACUUGGAAACCUGGACUUUUGAAAGGGUCAAUGAUGAAGGUUUUCCACCUCUACUCAGAAGUUCAGCCGUCUUUCCGUUUGUGCUUCCGCCGUGGCCGAAAACUAUUCCUCAACCCACCUGGAAAACUAUUCCUUGAAUUGCCAUCUGAGACAUUGUUUGGAAACAUGAUGUUUUAUUUGAUUUCAUUGCUGCUCUUCUAUGUAGCAGGUUUAUAUAUUCUUCUUUUUUUAGAAUACAAUUUUAAAUUUUUAUAAUUUAUUAAUGCUCAAACGCAA